ACCGUCUUGAUUGACAGCUUGGCAGUUAAUUGCAGUUGGAGGAGCCGUUAGUUGGAACAUGGGGAGCCAAAUUUAAAAUGUCUGACUGGGAAGAUGAGUACAACGAGAGCGGCGUUGUUAUCCAUAAACCUGCUACAAAAUCAGCUCCCACUGAAUGGAAAUUGUCCCGUGAUGACAGUCAAGGUAAAUCUUUCGGCGUAAGAGACAGAACCAGGUCCGGACCCUCAAGAGAGUGGAGAGCAGAGGUAUCCAAAUACAAAAAUUGGCAAGAUGGAGGCGAAGGUCGACCGUUUCCCCGGAGCACAGAUCGCGGAGGCCCUGGACGAGGAACCUUUGGCGAUGAAAAGUCGGACUCUUCACAGCCUGUGACUUUUACCGUGGGAAAUGCUUUAGUUGGCAGGGUAAUAGGUCGCGGAGGAGCCAAAAUUCGUGAACUUGAAGAGAGCACAGGUGCGAGGAUCAAGAUAAACAAGGGGGAUUAUGAAGGUGAGGUGGUCCUCUUUGGGUCCUCUGCUGCCCAGCAGAAGGCCAAGGAGAUGAUUGAAGACCUGGUGGCAGAUGGCAACUCUCGCAAUGGUCCCGGUAGCGGAGGGCAGUAUGGAGGAGGCUACAGAGGGGGAGGCGAUGGAGGCGGAAGGAAUAACUCUGUCUGGUCUGCUGUAGAAUUACGGGGUGCAGAUGCUGCCCCGGCCCCUGCAUCUAUAGACUGGAACCACAUCCGGGAGAACAAGGUCAAGUUUGAAGAGCUCAAGUGGAAAGACCUCCCACCGCUGAAGAAGAAGUUCUACAUUGAGGCAGGGAGUGUAUCAAUGCUCACAGCCGAGGAAGUCAGUGAAUGGAGGAAGGAAAAUAACAAUAUUUUUGUGGAUGACCUGAAGGAGGAGGGGGAGAAGAGGCCCUUUCCAAAUCCCUGUCGCACCUUUCUGGAGGCCUUCGAGCUUUAUCCAGAGAUAAUGGAAAAUAUUGAACGUGUUGGCUUUGUCAAACCGACACCCAUCCAGUCUCAGGCGUGGCCAGUGUCUCUGAGUGGGGAGGACCUGAUAGGCAUCGCUCAGACAGGAACAGGGAAAACCCUGGCCUACCUGCUGCCAGGGUUCAUCCACAUGGACGGACAACUUGUGCCUCGAGCUGAGCGGGGUGGUCCAGGCAUGUUAGUGCUGACCCCCACCAGAGAGCUGGCCCUGCAGAUCGAAACUGAGUGCAACAAGUACAGCUAUAAGGGCUACAAAAGUGUCUGUAUCUAUGGCGGAGGGGAUAGAAGAGCCCAGAUCAAGCUGGUGAAGAGCGGCGUGGACAUAGUGAUCGCUACACCAGGCCGACUAAAUGACCUCCAGAUGAAUGAGCUCAUCAAUCUUGGUUCCAUCACCUACUUGGUGCUGGACGAGGCUGACCGUAUGCUAGAUAUGGGCUUUGAACCCCAGAUUAUGAAGAUUCUCCUGGACAUCCGCCCCGACCGACAGACUAUCAUGACCAGUGCCACCUGGCCCACCGGUGUGAGACGUUUGUCCAAAUCCUAUCUGAAGGAUCCCAUGAUGGUUUAUGUGGGCACCCUGGAUUUAGCAGCGGUUGACACCGUGCAGCAAACGGUGCUGAUCGUCCAUGAAGACGAGAAAAAGUCCUACGUGUUUGACUUCAUCAGAAACAUGCUGCCUCAGGAUAAAGUCCUCAUCUUUGUUGGCAAGAAGCUUGUGGCUGAUGACCUGUCCAGUGACAUGUGUCUGCAGGGCCUGUCUGUGCAAAGUCUCCAUGGUGACCGUGAGCAGUGUGACCGUGAACAGGCCCUGAAGGACUUUAAAGAGAGCCGAGUUCGUAUCCUUGUCGCGACAGACUUGGCAUCUCGAGGGUUGGAUGUCCAUGACAUAACACAUGUUUUUAACUAUGACUUCCCACGCAACAUAGAGGAGUAUGUCCACCGCGUGGGCCGCACUGGCCGAGCAGGACGCUCAGGUGCUGCCGUUACCCUAGUAACAAGAGAAAACUGGAGGAUGGCCUCUGAGCUGAUUCCCAUCCUGGAGCGAGCAGGACAGGAGGUCCCUGAGGGGCUGGUGCUUAUGGCAGAGAGAUACGAGAAGCACAAGAGGGAGAAGGACCUGAGCAAUCCAAGGGAAGGAGGAGGAGGAGGAGGAGGAGGAGGAGGAGGGGGAGGAGGAGGAUGGGGGAGGAGAGACGGUGGCGGAGGAGGAGGGGGGAGAGACAGAGGAGGAAGAGGAGGCAGGGAUCAUGGCACAAACUGGUCCUUCUAAUGCGUGAUUGUCGAUGUAAGUCAACACAUACAUGGUUUCCUACACACGUCUACAGAAGGACUCAGACGGAAUGAAUGUUUCCACACUUUGUGAUAUACUGAGCCAAAAACAUCUGUUAGCGUAAAUAGACAGUAAUGAAAUUAAUAUUUGUCGACUCAUGUUAACUGUCAUGUUUCUUUUCUCAGCAGGAUCUGACGGCACGUGUCUUGUAAUUUUAUUUGAAUGUAUAUAUUUUUUCUUUGUGUUUGUGGAUUAUCAAUGAGGCAGUUGCACCUUUUAUGUUUUGCUCCUGUGUUUAACAAAUGUUUGAAGUGCACGUUUCUUAUGUCUAACUCACUAACCAUAGCAGUGUUAAGUUUCACUCUGAAUAUUUUGUUUGUAUAUUUGGGCAGAAUUAAAUCUGUAAAAUAAAAUGUGACAUCCA